AUGAUUAAGACUAACUUUCAAUAACAUCCUAGUAAGGUAAUACUUUUAUUUAUGUUUUUAGAUUUAAGUCUUAGUUAGAACUUAAAGUUAGUUACCCAUAAACCUUUCAUAAUAACUUUAAUAACAAAAGUUAGAAUACGUUUAGUAAUAAAAAAUUGCAAAAUAACCUGUAAGAUAAACUCUCCAAUAUCAGAUGAAUCCUCAUAUUAAUUAAUUAUAAUUCAAAUAGAGUGAGUUAGUGUAACCAACACAAUUAGGAUAAUACAUACCUUAUUACCCUAAUGUAUAAAGUAUAUAAAGAUCCCAAGUUGUUUAAAAGAUCAUAAAUUAUCAAGAUGAUGAUAUGAUUCAACCAAACAAAGAUAAUUUAAAAUAAACAGUAAAAUAUGAUUUAAAUGUAAAUUUAUAAUUCGAAAUAAAACCUUUAUACAAAAAGGUCAAACUAUUCCCUAACAUAGCAUAAUACUUACCUGGAAUUGUAAGUAUAAAAGCAUAAGAUAAAAUUAUUACUCAAAAUUCUGAAAAUUAAAGGGUUGGAGUAGAUUUGGUAUUUAUUUUUUAAUUUAUGUUUAGAUUUGUUUGAUUGAUAUUAGUGGAAGUAUGGAUGGAGUUAAAAUUCAAAUGGUUAAAUAAUCUUUAAUUGUUUUACUUUAAUUUCUUGGUGAUAACGAUAGACUACAAUUGAUAGCGUUUAAUGAUUAUGCCCAUAGAUUAUCACCAUUAAAGAGAGUAACAAAACAGAAUAAAAUCUAUUUUACUUAAGUUAUUCAAUAAAUUUAGAUAGAUGGAGGUACUUGUAUUUCAGAAGCUACUAAUUUGGCAUUUUGCUAAUUAAAAAAUAGAAAAUAUUUAAAUAAUGUGACAUCUAUUUUCUUACUUUCUGAUGGUAUUGAUUAUACUUUUCCAGAAAUUAAGGAACAAAUAAAGACAGUCAAUUAAGUAUUUACUCUACAUACAUUUGGUUUUGGAUAAGAUCAUGAUGCUUCUAUGAUGACUUAAAUUUGUAAUUUAAAAAGUGGAAGUUUCUACUUUGUUUAGGAUGUAACAUUAUUGGAUGAAUUCUUUGCAGAUGCUUUGGGAGGACUUAUUUCAGUUGUUGGUGAAUAAUUAGAAAUAACUAUUACUUCUUAAGCACCUCCUCCCUAUUAAAACAUUUAAAUAUCUAAAACUUAUGGUAAUAUGUGGCAAAAGAAAGGAAAUCAAUAUUAUAUUACACAACCUUAAUUUUCUUCAGGAUCCAGAAAAGAUUAUGUUUUUGAACUGGCUCUUCCUAAAUUUUCAGGUAGAGUUUAAGACUUUUCAAGAUCUAUUGGGGUUUUAUUUGCUGAAUUAAAAAUUUAAGAUCCUACUAAUAGAUCUAUUAUAACAAAAAGAGCAAGCCUUGACUUAAACUUUUUUAAUUUUGACGAAUAAAUCAACGAAAAUAUUUAUCCUGAUAUUGAUGUUUAUGCAUAGUAUAUCAGAGUUAAAGGAACAGAAGUAAUUGAUGAAGCAGGAAAAGCUUGUGAAUAAAAUAAGAAUGAGGAUGCCUGUAAAUUAAUUGAUAGUAUGUUGAUACAAAUUUAACAGAAUCCAAAUGUUGCUGCUUAAUGUACUGGAAUUAUUUAAGAUUUGCAAUAAGCAAAAUAAGCAUCUACAAGAACAUCAUAUGAUUUAUUUGGCCAGAAACUAAUGUGUCAAAUGGUCAGUAAUAAUUAUCAAUAGGGAGGAGUCAAUUCUAUGUUUUCUACCUAAGGAAUUUAAUUAUAAUAAAAUUAGCCAGCUGCAUACUAGAAUAUUUAAUAAUAAUAAAUGAUGGUUUAAGUGCAAAAAUAAAAACCUAAUUGCAGGCAAUAUUGA